AUGGACCUAGGACGUGGGAUGCCUUCCGAAUGUGCCAAAGCUGAAGAAGACCUGGCAUUGCCUAUGGAUGAAGGUAUUGUGCAGUGCGUCUACUUCACAAAUGAGCCCCAGCACGAGCCCUUGGACACCAGUCAUGCUCUUGAAAAGCAAGCACCGUGCAAUGGCGAUCGGUGUAUUCAUCAGGCUAGUGUUGCAGAAUUGCUGCGCAAGCUAGAUCUGGCUCAGAAGAGGAUCAGAAAGCUGGAAAAGGAGUUGGAGGCUGUUCUUGGCAGCAAACUGGGGAAUCUUGCGCCUGAUCAAGUACUCUGUGUAAAGAAUCGUAACGCGCAUGGAAACAGGUGGAGUAACAAGACCGUACAAAAGGCUCUUCAGAUACGGUUGGCAUGUGGAACCAGAGGAUAUGAGCUCCUCAAGGACGAGGUAAUACCUUUGCCGUCUGAAAGAACACUCCAGAGACGCAUCGAAGAGGUCAAAUUCGAGCCAGCGCUCAAGUCCAAGCUGGAGACCAUGCGGCCACAAGAAAAGCACUGUGCACUUCUGCUGGAUGAGAUGCAGGUCACUGCUGGGUUGGACUUGGAUCCAACAGUGAAGAAGCCAAUCGGUCUGGUGACCAUACCACCUGCAAAACCUGGAUGCUCAAGGGACUCCAUUGACGGUGCAUUCCUGAAGGACCUCGUCUUCUCGGUCAUCAAGAAAUGUGAAGAUGCAGGCUGUUAUGUGGACGCUGUGAUUUCGGAUAUGGGGCCGAGCAACAAGGCACUGUGGAAGAAAUGUGGCAUUUCCGCCAAACGGUCAGCAACGCCUGUAGUCUCCUGCAACCACCCCUGCGCAGCCGACACCAACCGACAGCUGUACUUCCUGGCUGAUGCACCCCAUGUGCUAAAGAACAUCAGGGGUCACCUGGUCAGGGGACAAUCGAUCUUCUUGCCAGAUGACAUCGUGGCCAAGUACGGCCUUCCAACCAAUGAAGUAUCGGUGGUGCACAUCAAGGCCCUUGCUGAAAUCGAUGCAGCACGAGACUUAAAGGAGCAAUGUGUUCCGGUGGUUUUCCCUAAUGACGUCACGAGGAAUCAGUAUGGCUAA